UUUCUCGCAGACCCGCCAAGGCGUCAUGUCCGCUGCCUUGCAAGACCUCGGGAAGAAGCCGGAAGGGGUGCCUGCAUGGAGGACGAGCUCAGCUGCCCCCUCUGCCAGUGUCUGUACAGGAACCCAGCGCUGCUGCGCUGCGGUCACAGCUCCUGCAAACACUGCAUCAACCAGGUGCUUGAUGGCCAGCAGCAAUCCAAGGCCCCUUACUCCUGCCCCAUAUGCACACCAGCUGGGCCCAUCCCGGAGCUGCAGAAGAAUUUCCAGCUGUGCAGCAUCGUAGAGGCGUUUACGGCUACUUCCGAAGGGCAACAGGGCUUGAGCUCUGCAGGGGAGAAGAAGGAAGAGGUUCCCUGUGACUUCUGCCUGGAUCCGCCAAAGCCGGCGGUGCAGACCUGCCUGGCCUGCGAUGCGUCCUUGUGCCAGGUCCAUGUGAACAAACACAACACCAAGGCUUCCCAGAAGGACCACAUCCUGGUGGAGGUGGGCGCAGGCGCUGCUGUGGCGGAGAGGAGGUGCCUGGAGUUGUACUGCCAGGACGAGGGGCAGUACAUCUGCAUGCUCUGCUCCAUCGUGGCGUGCCACAGGGGCCACAGCAUCAUCACCCUGAAGGAGACCUAUGACAAGAGGCUGGGUGAACUCUCAGACCUCAUGACAAGGCUGCAGGAACGUAAAACAGCUUUAGCUACUGCCCUAGGAGAGCUUCAGAAAGGCGAGAACCACCUCAAGAACAAUACAAAAACAGUGACUUCUCAGCUGCAAAAGCUGUUUGAAGAGAUAACAGUGAUAAUUGAGAAAGAGAAGACGAUCCUGGGUGACAUUCAAUCUAAUGAGAAAAAACAACUGGCAGAUAUUACCAAAGUGAAGCAGGAAAUGGAACAGAAGAGAGAUGAGGCUGCGCAGCAUCUUCAGUCUUUGCAGAAGAUGAGAGAGCAACCAGAUAUGUUCCUCUUUGUCAAAGAAUUUAAACAGGCCAAGGACAGGAUUGUCAGUAAGAAUUUCAGCAUCAGCACGAUGUACAUGAUGGUGGUGCAGCUGGAUGAGGCCACAAUUAACUGCUAUCAACGCUUAACUUGGGACUUCAUGAGAAACCUGGACUCGGCGCUGCAAACCCUGCAGGGUAAACUCGCCAAACAAAUUUGGUGGACCAGCACAAAUGGCACUGCCAAGCCCACUAUACUUCAGAAGGCAGACCACAGGAUCAGAGUCUCACAGACCUGCUGGGAAUGAAUGGGACUUUUGGACAUCAUCUAGUCCAAACCCCCUGUACAACACAGGGGUACUGAGAGCAGGUUACACAGGAUUGCAUCCAGGUGCAUCCGAGGAGGAAACAUUCCACGACCCGUACCAGUGACCUUCCCUCCUCAGCAUGAACUACAUGGAUUGUCCCAAUUUAUCCUGAAGUAAGAGAGAUGGAAAGAAAAAGUUAAAUAUUGUCAAAAUGUCCUCUUCCCAUGGGGACUUGCCAAGUGUCUUGACCUCCCCUGCAUGCCUGCUUUGAAAGCAAUUCUGUAGCAUAUGCAGAUUGAGAAAAGAAGUGCUAAGAAUUAACACAAACAUAAGAAAAUCUCCACCUGCUGCUGGCUUCCAAACUGUGAACUAUAUAAUCUCAUGGUACUAAUGAUACUUGUGUACUGUUAAUGAUGUCUAUUACUACUACUAUUAAUACUGUCAUUAUGUGGUUAGAUAACCAAAGAAAUGGCUAAAGAUACCGAUAAGCAAGGCUGGCUGAUUUUAUACCAUUGCUAGAAAUUAAUUGUUGAGAGCACUGUUUGCAGAUGGCUGCAGUAGAAAACUGUUCAGGACAAUGCUGCCAAUUUAACACAAAGGAUCUUUGUGGCAAAUAAUUACUUAUCUUUGUAUGAGUCAGCAUCCAAGCCACAUUUUAACACUUCUACAGAGCGCACAAAGAGCCAUGCAAAAUACCACGGUCACUAGUGUAUGAAGGUGCUUUGCUGGCCACAUCUCCAUGUGUACAGAUGUUAUUUUUUAAUCAAGCACAUGCUGUGUGUUCCAGAUGUAGCCCUUAUUUCACAUACCAACUUCACUGAAGGAUUUCACGGACACUCCCAGGCAGGUAGGCUCACUCCUUGUUGCUGUAGGCUGCUCUGUUCCUAGCUGUGGUUCAGAUCCAACAUAGAGGUUCACAACCUGGGUGUUUUUUCUCCAAAUGAUAAAAAUAUUCUACUGCAAACCAGGGUUGCCAACAUAAGCAUUUUUAAGAAAUAAAGGCUAAAGUUCAGGGUACUUCAUAUAAGUUAGGAUUCAUGGCCCUAACUCUAUUCUGUCACUUGUGAUAAUCUACAUAUACCUAAUUGCAGAGAUUAAAAGCAAUAAACUAAG